ACCGAGUACCUGAAGACCGGGAAUGACCAAUAGAAGGAGCAACAAGAGUCAAUGUCUGGGCGGUAUGACAAUAGUAGUCGAAAAGGUAGGCAGGGGGACGUCGAAUACGACCUGUGAGUGGGGGUGGGGAGAUUUUGGGGGACAAAGAAGUGACCGGGCUGUUUGGAUCAGUGGACUCCUCGCUGCCGCUGGUUUCCUCGCUGUCGUGGGACUCACUGCCGGAGGAGGAGGCAGUGGGUUGGAGGUUGUCGGCGGCAGUGGGCUGGGGUGCAUUUCCGGCGGCAGUAGGGUGGGUGGGGAAGUCUGCAUGUACAGGAAGGGAGGUGGUAGCUGGGGUGGCGGAAUCUUUAGAAGUGGAAAACGGGAAAAUGGACUCGUCGAAGGAAAUAUCACGGGCACGCUGAAGGACAUACCUUGGAGUUUAUCUAAAGGAGACGGUGCAGAGUCAAUCAUCGAAAAUAGCCUGCAACUUGAUCAGGAGACAUGGCGGAAAGGGAAGGAGCUAGGGACAUCCGCCGCUGCAUUAGCCGUGGGUAGAGACUACCCGGCAGUCUGUCCGGCAGUGGAGGGCAACGGCUAUCCCGCGAAACCGAUUGCGAAACAAUUCAUCCCUUUUAGACGCUUUAAAUAUACCAGGCCAUUCACCCUCUCAGAUUCCCCAAUCAUCUUCCUCUUCUUCAUCUUCUUCUUCAAUAAUCCAAUAAGAAGUUGGAAGUGCCUCUCUCUGACUAAUCAUCGCCGCCUUUCCAUAAUCAGGGGUCUAUAUUCUCUUGAGUCUCUCGAAGCAGGGAAUUCAAUAUCCAGAUCCUUGUUUGGCAGUCAGAGAAUUCGAGAAUGUCUCAUAUCCUCUUGAUAUGUUUCUCCUCUCUGAUUUUUUGAUUGAUCGAUCUUUUUUUUCCUAUUUGGAUUGCCAAAAACUUUUGAAGGAAUAUUACUACUUCCGUCCCAAAAUAAACUCCCAGGCUGAUCGAACUUCAUCAAUUAUGUUUUUGUUUAUUUGCAUCACUACUAUGAGAAAAUAAUAGUCAUAUCGCCCUGAUUUGUAGAGUUCUUGGAAUUUGGUUGUAAAUUUUGCUUCAAUUUUUUGAACAAAUAAAAUUAACAAUACCUACAAAAAGAGUUUUUAUUUUGGGAUGGAAGUACUUGGUGAAAAUUGAUCUGACUUGUUUCUUAUCCAAGAUCUAAUUCCAAAAUAUUAGGUUUUGACUCGAAUUCGAUGAUACUGGAUCAUGAACAUAUAGUUUUUUACUCGAAUUGAACUAAUUCGAAUUCGAUGCAACCCGAAUUUAAAAGUGACCGAAUCCAAUCUUACGGAUCGAUUGGCAAGUCUAGGAGGAAGUAGCCUUGAAGAUCCAUGGAAUUCUUGUUGAAACAAUCAUGAGCCAGUGAGAUGAUUUGUGUUGUUGAGCCUUAACGAAAGGGGAACGGGGCAAUCAGAGGGAAAGAGACCGGGAGAGGGCACAAGCAAGGUCAGGCCAGAAGAAGCCCAAGAACCCCAAGGAAGAUGGAUUGACCCCCGAGCAGAGAAGGGAGCGUGACGCCAAGGCACUACAGGAAAAGCUGGCCAGGAAGGCCGCAGCAUCCGGUGACAUCAAUAAUAAGAACAGCAAGAAGAAAUGUUAAAAGGAAUGUCUUUCCUCCGCCAUUGUUGUCUAUAACUCAGCUCAACUGCAAUGCAGUUUCAUCUUCCAUCUCUGCAUCAAUGUAGAAGAAGAAGGCUAUAUAUACUUCCUUCUCAUAUUUUGCUUGGCGACUUUGAGUGUUUGAACAAAAUGGGGUACUCCGUUCCAAAAUCAUCAAAUAUUUCCUUCUCCCUGAAUAUUUAUCUAUAUUUAUAUUUUUUACCAAAAUUGGUAACUUUUACUCCCUCCGUCCUAUAAUGAUCUUCCCAGAGCACUAUUCCAACUUCACGGGAAUUUAUAUUUAUUUGUGUUUUUUUAUGGUCUAUAUGAUAAAAUAAAAUAUUCUUGUCACC